AUGGCCCUCAAAAAGUUGUUUCUAAUAAGGAAUGGAAACCAAAGCCCACAAAAACAUAUAAUAAAAAUUCUAGACCUGCUACCUCUACCUUCACAAUGUGACCCUACAAAAGCUUUGCCCGUAAUCACCUACAACUAUCAAUAUCACGGAAUCAACAAAUUUGUGCCAUCAACAACACAUUCAGAAUCGCAUAAAAUAUGGAGUAGAAGAGGAAAGAUGCGGAGAUUAGAGAACACCGUACCUGAAACCGAUCUCGUGCCCAAUCGAAAAUCGAAAAGUCUCCUCUCCGUCGACUUCAGUUCCGUUGCAUAUCUUGACCGUAAAAACCAAUUUGAAGGGUUUGAAGUUCGAAUCAUGGAAAGGAAUCAAUGA